UUAACUGUAUUUCUCCCUCGCUCACUUCAUUGUUAUUUCUCCCUACAGAACCUACAGCGCAUCCUUAUCCCGUGUUUCUACCUCGCUCACUUUAUAUUUAUUUCUCCCUACAGAUCCUACAGUGCAUCCUUAUCCCGUGUUUCUACCUCGCUCACUUUGUAUUUAUUUCUCCCUACAGAUCCUACAGUGCAUCCUUAUCCCGUGUUUCUACCUCGCUCACUUUGUAUUUAUUUCUCCCUACAGAUCCUACAGCACAUCCUUAUCUCGUGUUUCCAUCAGGUGUUUGAGGGUGGUGAUGGUGAGAAACUGAUUGGCGGGCCCCCAGCUCCAGACCAGGACAACAUGGAGAACAUCAUCAGUGUCUUUAUCAACAAAAUCAUUGCCCCCGACAACCCGUCGCUACUGGUGGAGCAGGCGUCAUCUCACAUACACGACGCUGCUAAUAAGAAACAAGGGAACAAACUCCGCCGACUGAUGACCUUCGCCUGGCCUUGUCUGCUGUCCAAGAACUGUGUCGACCCGGCCACAAAGUACCAUGGCCACCUUCUACUGUCGCAUAUCAUUGCUAAGUUUGCCAUCCACAAGCGAAUCGUUCUUCAGGUGUUCCACAGUUUACUAAAGGCUAAUGCUGUGGAAGCACGCACUGUUGUGAGACAGGCCCUGGAGAUCCUCACACCAGCCAUGCUAGGACGUAUGGAGGAUGGAAAUGGAAUGUUGACUCACUGCACUAAGAAGAUCAUCGUAGAGGAAGGACACACAGUAGCUCAGCUUGUCCACAUACUGUACGCAUCUAUUGAGCACCGUAAGCUGGCAGUAGACUUGGCUGAGGUAGUCAUUAAGUGGGAGAUACAGAGGAUCAAGGACAACCAGGAUCCGUCGUUUGUAGAACCAGCCGGACAGGAACUGAGUCAAGCUCUAACCCAGAACCUCCCAGUUAAACGAUCGACAUCUGUUGAUUCACCUCAGGAGGCCAAGAGAUCACGUCACUCCUCAGGAGCGAGUACACGGAGUCAGUCGGACCUUACUAAGCCCAUUGAGAAGAAUUACUGUGAUGCUGUUGUGAAUUUCUUACUGCGAAUAGCAUGUCAGGUAAAUGAGACACCAGGAUCCCCGGAAGAAAUUUUAUCUCGGCGAUGUGUUGGAUUACUGAAGAUGGCACUACGCCCUGAUAUCUGGUCGAGCACCGAGCUGAAACUUGUCUGGUUUGAUAAGUUACUGACGACCGUUGAGAACCCUCUACCCAAUUUUAACAAUAUCUGUACCGCCCUGGAGCUGUUGAGUUUUCUUCUCACAAUACUGAAAAAGGAGACAAUUCUGACAAGCUUUAAACCCCUCCAGCGUGGGAUAGCUGCCUGUAUGACGUGUCCUAACACCAAAGUUAUACGGGGUGUACACAGUCUACUGUCCCGUCUCAUGAGCUUUUUCCCCACAGAGCCUGUCACCUCCAAUGUGGCCUCCAAGUAUGAAGAACUAGAAUGUUUAUAUGCCUGUGUCAGCAAGGUUGUGUACGAGGGACUCACGAAUUACGAAAAGGCGUCAACUGGCUCUCCGUCUCAGCUGUUCAGUACCCUGAUGAUCCUGAAGGCGGCCUGUAUGCACAAUCACUGUUACAUAGACAGACUCAUCACAACAUUCAUGAAGGUUCUACACAAGAUGGCGCGAGAACACCUGGUCCCCACCUCCCCCGAAUCUAGUCCAGUUGCCAGUGAGCUGAUGAUUCUGAGUCUUGACCUGGUGAAGAACAGGGUCGGGGUGAUGAGUCUGGAGAUGAGAAAGAGCUUCAUCGGACAAAUCCUUGUUGGUCUCAUUGAGAAGACGACUGAUGCCAAAGUGAUGAAAGCUAUUACUAAAAUGGUGGAGGACUGGGUCAAAACCAAGACACCUAUAGCUAUUAACCAGUCGCCCAGUAUCCGAGAAAAAGCCAUACUGUUGGUGAAACUUAUGCAGCAUGUGGAGAAACGGUUCCCUGACGAACAAGAACUGAACGCCCAAUUCCUGGAACUAGUCAACUAUAUCUACCGUGACGAAAGCCUCAGCGGCACAGAGCUAACAUCCAAACUGGAGUCCGCCUUUCUCAGUGGUCUACGCUGUAACCAACCCACUAUCAGGCACAAAUUUGUUGAGGUAUUUGAGAAUUCAAUUCCACGCCGGAUUUUUGACCGUCUCCUCUAUAUCACCUGUACACAAAACUGGGAGGCCAUGGGCACUCACUUCUGGAUCAAACAGUGUGUGGAGUUACUUCUGUCGGUGGCUAUGAAUGGCCACAGCAUCCAGAGCUCCUCGUCCCUGAACCUGUUACCAUCAGCCAGCUCCAUUGUGAAUUUAGCAGACAGCCAGGACCGCGCGGCCUUCCAGACCAUCAUGAAGAUGAAGGAAGAACCGAUGGAUGUGGAAUCCGUGGACUCCAACAAAGAGGAGGAGGAGAUAGACAUGGAGUUAAGUGGGGUGUCAUCAGACGAGAGUAUUCCCAAGGAACCGCCCAAAAAGGAGAACCUGGACCCUCGUCAGAACAUCAAUACUCUGUUACAACGUCAGGCGAAGUUCUUAGAGAGUUGUCGAGAGGUCAAGACUGUGUCGUAUCUAAAUGCCCUGUCCCAGCUGUGCCACACCUCCACAGACCUGGGCCAUGCCUCCUGGGUUGACUCUUUCCCACGGAUCUGGAAAAUUCUCUCCGACAAACAACAACAGAUGUUAGGAGGAGAGCUGAUACCGUUUAUGUGUAGUGGAAGUCAUGUUAUACAGAAAGACUGCCAUCCAUCUUCUAUACACACAUUCCUGGAGGGACUGUCCCACUGUGUCCCCCCGGUACACAUACGUCCCUGUGUCCUCAAGUACCUGGGUCGGACCCACAAUCUAUGGCACAGAGCCUGUCUCCAACUGGAACAGAUUGCAUUUGAGAAUAGUCCAAGUCUUCAGGUGAAAAACCGUCCGGUCAGCGAGUACGAGUUUGAACCGGUCACUUCCCCACAACAGGAGACAUUGGACGGCCUCUGUGAGCUCUACUCUCUACUCAAAGAAGAAGACAUGUGUGCUGGUCUGUGGCAGAAACGAGCCAAGUUUGCUGAGACAAACAUUGCUCUAUCUUAUGAACAACAUGGCUUCUUUGAACAGGCUCAGGCCUCUUAUGAACAGGCGAUGAGUAAAGCACGUUCUGACCACAACUCUGGCCCUGCGUCCCCGUCCGUCCUGCCUGAGUACCGACUGUGGGAGGAGCGUUGGAUACGGUGCUCUAAGGAGCUGAACCAGUGGGACCUAUUGAAGGAGUAUGCCGGGGCCAAGGGUAACACCAAUCCUCACCUUGUCCUUGAGAGUGCCUGGCGGGUCCCUAACUGGGCGCUCAUGAAGGAUGCCCUAGCUCAGGUCGAGUUGUCCUGCCCAAAAGAAAUGGCCUGGAAGGUUAACCUGUAUCGUGGAUAUAUUGCCAUAUGUCAACCUGAUGACCACCAUCUCAACACUGUCACCAUGAUUGAGAGACUGGUAGAGGUGUCCAGUAACCUGGCUAUCAAGGAAUGGCGACGUUUGCCCAGCAUUGUUUCUCAUAUCCAUGUUCCCCUGUUACAGGCCGCUCAACAAAUCAUGGAGUUACAGGAGGCUGCCCAGAUAAACCAGGGACUCCAGCCGGCCAACAUCACCCGCAGCUCCAGUCUCCACGACAUGAAGGCCAUUGUCAAAACAUGGAGAAAUCGUCUGCCGAUGAUCUCCGAUGACCUGUCCCACUGGAGUGACAUAUUUACCUGGAGACAGCAUCACUACCAGUUCAUAGUUGAUCACUAUGACAACCACUCACAGCAGGAUCCUCAAAACAGUAACCACUCCAUGUUGGGGGUACAUGCCUCUGCCCAGGCUAUCAUACACUUUGGCAAGAUUGCCCGCAAACACAACCUGACAGGCGUGUGUCUCGACUCCCUCAGCAGAAUCCACACAAUACCCAGUGUACCCAUAGUGGAUUGUUUCCAGAAAAUCCGCCAGCAAGUCAAGUGUUACCUCCAGAUGUCCGGGGCAAUGGGCAAAACUGAACUCAAUGAGGGUUUGGAGGUGAUCGAAUCAACAAACCUCAAGUAUUUCACUAAAGAGUUCACUGCAGAGUUUUACGCUCUCAAAGGCAUGUUCUUAGCCCAGGUUGGGCGAUCUGACGACGCCAACAAGGCAUUCUCUGCGGCUGUCCAGAUGCAUGACACUUUGGUAAAGGCAUGGGCACUCUGGGGCGACUAUCUCGAGACUGUGUUCACUCGGGAAAAACAAAUGAACCUGGGUGUUUCGGCCAUCACGUGCUUCCUGCAUGCCUGUCGUCACCAGAAUGAGAGCAAAUCCCGUAAAUAUCUCGCCAAAGUGCUUUGGUUGUUGACAUAUGACGAUGAAAAGACUACGUUGGCUGAGGCCGUCGACAAAUACUGUGUUGGGGUACCGCCCAUACAGUGGUUACCAUGGAUUCCUCAAUUGUUGACUUGUCUGGUGAGAAAUGAGGGCCGACUUAUCAUCAACCUUCUACAUCAAGUCGGACGAAUGUAUCCCCAGGCCGUUUACUUCCCCAUCCGCACACUGUACCUCACACUGAAGAUAGAACAGAGAGAGCGCUUCAAAAGUGGAGAAUUCAGUUUAUCUCAAGGACGAACAACGUCAGGUCAGACUUCAACAUCAGCUACCAUGGCAACAACAGCAGCAUCAACUACCACCACAACUGUGUCUAAUCCACCGACACCCUCAACACCCGCUACGCCAGGUACACCAGGUAUGUACCUCGUAUCUAAUCCUCCCACACCCUCCACACCCGCUACCCCAGGUACACCAGGUACCUCCUAUCUAAUCCUCCCACACCCUCAACACCCUCUACCUCCGGUACACCAGGUAUGUACCUCGUAUCUAAUCCUCCCACACCCUCAACACCCGCUAUCCCUGGUACACCAGGUAGGUACCUCCUAUCUAAUCCUCCCACACCCCUCAACACCCGCUAACCCCGGUACACCAGGUAGGUACCUUGUAUCUAAUCCUCCCACACCCUCAACACCCGCUACCCUCGGUACACCAGGUAGGUACCUCGUAUCUAAUCCUCCCACACCCUCGACACCCGCUACCCCGGGUACACCAGGUAGGUACCUCAUAUCUAAUCCACCGACACCCUCAACACCCGCUACCCCGGGUACACCAGACAGCAGUGGUACAGAUAACAGUGUUCAGCCAACACAGCAGACAUCUCAGGCCUCGUCUCGACAGAGCUCCACCACUCAAGGUGACGCCGGACCCAUCAGGGCACCUGCUCCCAUGUGGCGCUGUAGUAAGAUCAUGCACAUCCAGCGUGACUGCCAUCCCACAAUUCUCAGUUCCCUGGAGGGCAUCGUAGAUCAGAUGGUGUGGUUUCGUGAAAACUGGUAUGAGGAAGUCUUACGGCAGCUACGACAAGGACUUGCCAAAUGUUACGCCGUCGCUUUUGAAAACAGAGGAGCAGUGGCUGACGCGACCAUCACACCCCAUACCCUGAACUUCAUGAAGAAGCUAGUCAGUACAUUUGGUGUGGGGAUAGAGAAUGUUUCUAGUGUGACAACAACCUUCUCCUCGGCAGCAUCCGAAUCUCUGGCACGACGUGCCCAGGCCACCGCUCAAGACCCAGUGUUUCAAAAGAUGAAAAGCCAGUUCACCACAGACUUUGACUUUAGUGUUCCUGGGUCAACCAAGCUACAUAACCUCAUCAGUAAACUCAAAAAGUGGAUCAAGAUCCUGGAGGCCAAGACCAAGUUACUGCCGAAGUCGUUCCUGAUCGAGGAGAAGUGUCGCUUCCUUAGUAACUUCUCUCAGCACACUGCUGAAGUCGAACUGCCAGGAGAGUUCCUGCUACCAAAACACAGCCAUUACUAUGUGAGAAUAGCACGCUUCAUGCCACGUGUGGAGAUUGUCCAAAAACACAACACAGCUGCACGACGGCUCUACAUCAGAGGCCACAAUGGCAAGUUAUUGAAACUGAAGACAGUUUUCUGUAUAACAACACCAGGUGACCUGGAUGCCAACCGCCCUGUUCCAUUCCGCCUCAGCCCUAACAUCGCAGACUUCCUAACAACAACUAGUGUGACUGGACCUCUCACAGCCUCGAUGGUGGCUGCUGCUCGGUGCCUCGUCCAGCCUCAGUAUAAACUACCCAGCUUCCUACGAACCAUUCUCCGCGACGAGUACAUCACGUGGCAUAAAAAGAAACAAGAGGAGACAACUCCAGGGAGCGAGCCAUCAGACAUGGAUGGAGAACAGUUGAUUGUAAUGGUCAGCAAAGCUGUACAAGCCAUUACCACUCGCCUACAAAACCUGGCAAAGUUUGAUGGUGCUGAGAGCAGUGUUAGUACCUUGGUUGCUGCUGCCAACAGCCACGACAACUUGUGCCGCAUGGACCCAGCGUGGCAUCCCUGGCUCUAAUGUGUCAUAGCAACAACCCAGUGACAUCCCCAUGACUGUUGUGUACCAUCAAUGACGAUAUCUAUAGUCAUCAGUUCAGGAUCUACAUGUGUUUCAAUUGAUUCUAUUACUGAUAAAUUUGACAUCCAGAUACAAUGUUACUCAUGUGGUUAUUCUGACAGCCCUUUCUCACUGUCAACGCAUUCCACUGAGAUUUCGUGUGAUGCUUCAAAUUUUUGGUGUAUUUCUAAUAGAUAUGGGCAGUCACCAGGAUAAGUGAUUUGUCUGACAAACAGUUUAUAGUGCAAGGAAGAUGGGAUAUUCCACACAAGCUGGUGGGAUGAUUGAGAUUGAACAUUUUUUACUGGAAUCAGCAUUAAGAGCUUUGGUUGGCUAUAUAUUCUUUUUAGACAUGUUCCUGGAAUUAUCUUUGAUCAGAUACUUUCUAAAGAGUAAAAAGUUAAUGAUGUUAGCAGAUACAUUUUCAUCAAGUCUGGAACUUAAACAUCAAAUCCAAUUGAAGGGAUUUUAAUUCUUGAAAGUGAUUAACUUACUUUUCAAAGUAAUUAUCAAAUUACAGCAUACAAAUCGAGGGACAUCACGCGUAUGCUGUAUAUAUGCCCCUACCUAAUUCUACCCUAGGGUGAACUAACGCAUAGAGACAGUGGGAUGAGGGACGAAUCGUAACAUUGGCUAUACAAUAUUUAGGGUGGGUAACAUCCUAUGUAAAUGUCAAUGUCAGAAAAUUUCUGUUUCAUUUAAAGUGUUGUUAAGUAUUCAUUUGUACGUUGAUAGAUCACAAUUGUAAGAGGCAGCAAUAUUGGUAAUGUAUUGUCGUUUUGUUUAAAUUUGGUACAUAUCGGAAUAGUGUUUCUGAUCCUUGAUCAUGUUUUGAAUUCAUAUAGUUAGGUUUAUGUAAAUUGGGAGCCAAACAUUUACUAAUUCCACAGUGGAAACGAGAGUUCUAAGAUGGCUAAAUGGCUAAUUCCAAGGGGAAAACUUUUGUCCACAGUUGUUAUGUAAUAGAUAUGCAUGUGUGUAGUUUUGAUUUCAUCAAGGUUCCUUAGGAAAGCAUCAUUGGAUUUAAGGA